AGGCGGGCCUUGGCGUCGAUCGGGAGGGCUUUCCCCGCCCGCCCGCCCCAGACCAGGCUGGGGGCCCUGGAGCAAGAGGGGCCCUGCCUCUUCCUUCUUCCCUCUUCCUCCGGGGGAGACAUGGCUGAACUCAGCAUCGACCAGUCCAAGCUCCCCGGAGUCAAGGAAGGGUCACCAUGCGUUGGGACCACCUCAAGGGCAGUUAACAACAGCAACAUACAUGCCUGCUCAGAAGUCAGUUUCAUUGCUUUCAAUGAAGCUAAGUCCUGGUGUGUCGAGACUUUGCAGUUUUGGAAGAUCACACAUUGGCCCACAGCCUUCAAGAACAGGAAAUCGAGCAUCACUUGGCAACGAAUAUCCAGCGUAACCGCCUGGUACAAUAUGACCUCCAGAUGGCCAAGCAGCUCCAGGAGGAGGAAGACCAGAAAGCACGUGCCCGGGUCCAAGAGCGCCACAAAAACAUAGAGCGUCAGGACUGUGAGAUCGCUCAGGAAAUCCAAGUCAAGUUGGUCAUCGAAGCAGAACAGCGGCGUCGCCAGGAAGAGGAUGAUGAGGACAUAGCUCGGAUUCUACAACAGAAAGAACUUCAAGAAGAAAAGAGAAGGAAGAAACCUCUCCCACUUGAACCCAUCUCUUCCAGCCCUUACAAAGAGGCGUACUAUCCAGAAAGCAGAGACCAUAUGUGUGGUAGCCCCAGGGAUCGGGCACCUGAGCAUGCUGGGUCUCACCGACCCCAGAAUGAUGACAGGCAGACUCAGCAUCCUGGGGAUACCUGGAGAGGUCCCCCUCUCAUUUCUGAGGGGCUGGACUUAGAAGUUUUGGAGAGUUCUUCAGAAAAGAAGAAAGCGCGAGGCGGGCAACAGCGGGACCGAGAGCGGCGAGAGAGGAACCCUGGACACUCUGAGAAACCCCGGAUGCGUUCUCUGAAAACUAAAGAUGAAGACAGCGAUCGAACUAAGGAGAGUCGGAGAAAGAGGAACCCAGAGAGUUUGGAGAGGCCUUGGGUGGCAUCUUUUCUGGAUGGGGAGGAUGAACGUACCAUUGGUGGUGGUAAUGGCCAGUGGCGAGAAAGGAGGUCACGGAGCCACGAGAGAGCUCAAAGGCCACCCCGUGUUCUCACAGAAGAAGGCAAGGGGGCAAGUUCAGAUCGCAAUGACCGGCAUCACCAGUACCGGGAAAGGCGGUCACCAGGUUCAGAGAACUCCCUGCGGCCAUUGAGCCUGGACACUGAGAAGGAGAGAAGGGGCUCCCCCUACCAGCGUUAUGGCAAGAGCUGUUCACCGAAUCCAGACUGUCGCGGGGCCCCAUCCCAUGAGGGGCAACAGUCUCCAAGGGCCACAUCCCAGGAGCCCAGGCUCAAGGACCCAAAUGUUACUCCAAAGCGAGGCCACAGGAGGAAUAUUGAAAAGGAAUACAAAGGAGUGGGGGACAGAGAGAGACCCUCCUCUUCCUCUUCACACCGUGUGGAGAGCAGGGAACUACACUUGGGUCCCCCCCAGAAUCCAGGAACAAAAUCAAAGGGGACAAAAGAAACCUACUCCAAACCUCGGCCACUAGCUGCUCAGGACCAGGAAUUUUAUGAUGCUGAGAUCGCCCGGAGGUUGCAAGAGGAGGAACUGCUGGCCAACCAGGUGGAUACGAGGGCAGCUCAGGUGGCCCAGGACGAGGAAAUAGCUCGCCUCCUAAUGGCAGAGGAGAAGAAGGCUUACAAGAAAGCAAAGGAGCGUGAGAAGUCAUCUUCUGAAAAGAAAAAGCAGGAGCCAGACAGGAAGCACGAUACACAUGAAGGGUUGCAUCCAAGGUCAAGAGAAGGUCACGAAGAUCAUCGAGCGAAGAGUGACAAACCAACACGGCCGCCUCCGCCUCCCACAGAGGAAUUGGACCAUCUGGUUAGUCUUACAAGCCAGCAAAACUUGGCAUAUCCCAUAUCCAAACCAGAGCCUUCGCAUAGAGGUUACCACUAUAAGCAGUAGGAAAAACUAUUAGACAUUUUCAUUGAGACUGACUCUCUUCUGUAGCAAACUUCUUUGGAGUUCUUCCUGGGGAUCUCCUGGGUCCAUGUCCCCUCUCUGAGGAGCUCCCAGGACUCAUCCCUUCCAGCUAUCACAACGUCCACAAACAGUGCCUCUUCUUCAGUCUGUUGUGUGUGGGUUUUCCCUCCUCUUUGUGUCUUGGGCAGGGCAGUUGAAUCUUGCUUGGAGGCAGUUUACUCAUCUCCAUCUCCUGGGCAGGAAUCUUUUCCAUGGCAUCCUUAGCUUUGAGUCUUCUGGUGCCACCACUUUCUUUGGUUGUGGUUGAGCCGCAGUGUUGUCAAUAAGAUAUCUUUGUUUGGGGUUUGAGAACAAACAAGGGUGUUGUAUGGAGGCAGAGCCAAAUACCAAUAAGCAUUUUCUUUUACCUGAAGCCUUGAACUGCAUUUGGAAAAACAAGGAAGUCUCCCUUGUUUUGACAACGGUGCAUUUGACUGCUGAAACAUUUGCCAUUGACUGCUCCAUGGUCCCUUUUUACAUUGCAAAAGUUAUGAUCUCACCAACAACCUUUUCAUCACCUAAAAUGCCUUGUCUGAAUUGUCUUCUCUGGCAGACUCAGACAUGUGUGCACCUAAAAUUAUGAUUCAUGGAGCAGUUUCCCUCAGGGCUGCUUUGGGUGCCUUGGUUUUGGUGAGUUAUGCCGAAAAUGCUUAAGCAUACAACUCUUCAUGCGAAGUGAGAUGGUCUGUAUUUGCAAGGAAGUGUAUCUAUCAUACAGGAGCACAUGCCAGGAUUAGCAGCUGUUGCUUUUCUAUUUAAGGGGAAAACCUAGGUUUGCUAUCUUGUAAUGUGUGUCACAUUCCUUGGUGGUCAUGUAAACUGCAUUUGCAGGGCCAUGUUCUGUUCUGAGGUCAUCCAAAAGCUCCAUUUGCAAUGCCUGUUUUCAUGUCUGUGCAGCAAAUCACUUGUUGAUGCAAGUUAAUCAUUUGAAGAGCUUGUGUGUGUAUACUUGAACAAAGACUUGGGCUGCAUUCACACUGCAGAAAUUGUCAGACAUCACUUUAACUGCCAUGGUUCAGUGUUAUGGAAUCCUGGGAACUGUAGUUUUUGUGCUACCAGAACUUUCCGACAAAGAAGUCUAAAUGUCUUACAGAACUACAGUUCUCUAAAUUCCAUAGCAUAAAGUGGCAUCAAACCUCAUUAUUUCUGCAGUUCAGAUACAGCCUUGAAUGCUGAUGCUUUAAUCUUAGAAGUAGCUUUAACUUGAUAGACAUUUGAAUUCAUAAAAGCUGCACAAGUAUCUGACCUGGCAUUGCUUUUGAAGCAUUUGGAAAUGCACAGCAAUUUUAAAAGCAUGAAGAUGAGGACAGAAUUGUUAAUCUGGCAAAGCAUCUUAAAAUCUGUUAUGAGCUGAAGGGCCAGAAUUAACAUGUAUAUUUACCAACACAUUUUGAAAUAACUUUCUGUAUCUUUUGGAUGACCCCAUAGCAGAUACUAAACUACAGGAAGGUCACAUUUUAUUGUUCCUUGUGAUACUCUUAACUGCAGCUGUUUUUAAGGGGAAGAAAAACUUAGGAAAAUCUGAAAUUUCACAGCUCAUAGAAAUGGAAAGCAGUUAACUUCGGGUCUUUGUUCCAUUUGGUUUCUAGCUUUGAAGUUAGCUAGCCUUUCCGAUCCUAAAGGUAUUUUUGAAACCAUGAGGACUAGAAACACAUUUUAGGAGGUAAAAGUCAUGGUUGGAGUUUAUUUAAGUACUACAGGUAGGAGUUCAAAAGUGCCUUGGCAGGAUUGGUGGACUCUCUAUAAUGUUUCCCAUAAAAGGGAGAAAAGACUCCAUAUUCCAUAUUCUUUUCCUCUUCUCUCCCCCAGCCCUCAGUUUUUGAACUUCUCACCUCGCCUGGCCUUGCCUUGCCCUGAUGCCCAUUUAGUCUGUGUUUGGUCCAUUAUUAGUCCAUAUUUUGGUCUAUCUGUUCACAGAAGGGUUAACUUUUCCAGUUUUAAGAUGAAAUGGCCAACAUUUCCAUUGUGUUUCAUACCCAUGCAGUGCCGCAUCCAUUUUAUAUAUGGUUCAUUUUUAUAUGGCAUAGAAUAGUCAAAAGUUGAUAAUGGUUUGUUUGCUUUUUUACUAACGAAGCUGCCAUUUCCCAUCUUCUGUUCCCCUCCCUAUAACAUGUUGUUGCAUCCCAUCCAAAAUGUAUUUAUUAAUUAUUAAGUAUUAAUGGUCUGGUUUUAGGUGCCAAAAAAAACCUUGCUUGUACAACAGGGAGUCUGUUUUCUUCUCUGUAGCUCUGUGUCACUCUGGGGAUAUCGUUUAGGGCAGAAAGUUAUUAGAUUUCCAUUUUGGCUUUGAGGGCUUGAGCCUUACAGGCCAAAUGGUCAUUUGCCAAAUAGUUCGGCUAACAAAAUCAAACCAGUCAGAAUAAUCCCAGGUGUGAAAUUCUAUCAGGUUGGCAAUAUAGGUUCUUCUCCAGUUUAAUUUCCAUUGGGGGAUUACAUUUCUUCAGUUUAAUUCCCUGGUAUCCACACUGUACAACUGUAUCACUUUGAUACCACUUUAAUUGUCAUGGCUCCAUCCUGCAGAGUCCUGAGAUUUCUAGUUUCAUCCUGGGCAGGGGGUUGAACUAGAUGGCCCAUGUGGUCCUUUUCCAACUCUACAAUUCUUUUAUAAGGUACUUAGAAUGCUUUAGUCCAUUCUCCCUGAACUAACACUCUCUGCCAGAGAAUUCCCAAGUACCUUAUGAGACUACAGCUCCCAGUGGUUCCAUUGGAUGGAGCUGUGGCAGUUAACAUGGUAUCAGAUUGCUAUAAUUGUGGUAUGAGGAUAUAUCCCCUUGUUGGUAGAGAACAACACUGUUUAUGCUCAGGAAAGAGAGGAGGAAACAGAGAAGACGGAACACAAAUCCAGAAUAUAUUUUCCCUGGAUGAGAAAUGAAGUAAAGGAGUGCCCUCUUGUGGAACAGAUCAGGUUUGGGGACUUUGAAAUCCCCUUUUCUUGCUUUUUAUCCCCAAAAUGACUACCAGGUUUUCCCCGUCCCCACCCCCCAGUUAUUUGGAAAAACUGUGCAGACAAAACUAGGUUUGAAGACAGCUUCUUGAGGUGAAGUCCAGGGCUUUAACCACCAGCAAAACUUGUGUUUAAUUUAAUUUCCAUCAGCAACUGUAGAGUCAUAAGGACAUAUUGCUGAGCCAGAGCUUGGAAAAGUUACUGUUUGGAUUGCAGAUCCCAGAAUCCCCAUUCAGGGGGCCUGGAUGCUAAAAUGCUGUUAAAAGGCAGCUUUUCCAAGAAACUUUAAAAAACCCUUUGGGUUCCUUCGGUGAAGCUGAUCAUACCUGACAUCCAGCACACUGUGGUUGUAAAAAUCUUUGGUUUGGGUUUGAGGCAGUUGUUCACGUGAAUCCACCCUGUGCUUUCCAAUCCUAGGUAGGAUUUUUGCCACUACUGGGAAAAGCAUAAGGUCAGAUCUCCAGGACUGGUUGGGUUUUGGACAUUGCUCUGGUAUUCCCUGCCAAGGAGCAGAUGGUCUCUGCUCCACAGUGGGCUUCAGCCAGAAAUGAAAGAGGCACAUGCUUCCCCUCCAUGUCAUAUGUCUAUCUUUAUCAAUUAAUACACCCCAUCAUGGAUGUUUCUGGACAAGAAAGGGACCUGGUAUGUUUCAUCUCUGCACCUCUUCCUCAACGUUACUUUUCCUAAGCCAUGAUAGAUAACUUUCAGGGCUUGGAAGGCUUUACCCAAGGAUGUAGCUAAGUGGUGGGGCAAAAUGAAAACAUUGCCCCCUCCCAAAAUAAGAAUGCAUUGCCCCAGUGAAAUUUCCCUUCAGUCCCCAGAUUUCUGGCAUUGCAUAGAGUGAAACCAUGAAAAUUGUUUCCACCUCAAAUUAUUCUGUUUGCACUAUUUACACUUCUUUGGUUCCUUUGCCUACCCCUUUUCUGUGGAUCCCUAAACUACAUUUCCACUGUGUAGCUAAUAGGGGUGUCAUAAUAAGAAUUCUGCCAUCUCCUUAAUGACAUUUUCCUUCUGUCCCCAAAAUUUUAGCAUUGCAGUGUAGGUUGAGCCUCCCUUAUCAGUAAUUCCAAAAUAUUUUUAAAAACAAAACUUUUUUUCAUGGGUAGCUGAGAUAGUGACACCUUUUGUUUUCUAAUGGUUUGGUGUACACCAGCUUUGCUUCAUGCACAAAAUUAUUAAAAAUAGUGUGUAUAAAAUUACCCUCAGGCUAUAAGGUCUAUAUGAAACAUAAAUGAAUUUUAUGUUUAGACUUGGGUCUCAUUGCCAAGAUAGCUCAUUAUGUAUAGAUGUGCAAAUACAUAUCUAGGGGUAGUUAUGUUGGCCAUAUAGUAAAGUACGAUAACAUCCAAAAUCCACAAAACAGUGAUGACUUUUUUGGGCCAAGCAAAGUUCAUAAAAUAUAUGCUGCAUGCUUUAGAAGCUCUGCUGGCGUCUUCAUCAGGCAAAGAUGUUAAUAAUAAUACAGGAGUAAAAAACUGAUGAUGUUAGUCACAGGUCUGCAUUUUGUCAAAAUGGUGGUGGUGGAUGUUCUGAUUAUGGAGAUAUAUCCAAGCAGACAGAUCCUUCCUCCUUCUGGCCAUGUAGUACUGGGAAACAAAGCAUUUUUAAGUUCAGGAAAUUUAAAUUCUAUUAGCAAAUGAAAAAGGUAUUUCCUAUGAGCUCCAAAAUGGCCCAGUCCUUUGUGAGGCUAGAACCCCUUUUAUUAGGCAGAGACACUGAGGGGGUGUUCUCACUUGUGAUUUAAAAUGAAUUUAAAUACAGCGGUUCAUUUUAAAGUGAUUCAAAAUACAGCGAGUGUUAUCCCGCUUUUCAAUUCGCUUUAUUUGUAUCGUUCCCAUUUA